AUGGUGGUUGUUUUAGCUUCAUCCUCUGAUGCUGGUGGUGGGAUUGGAUGUUGGGACCUUCACACAGGUACUGAGCAGAUCCGCUAUAAAUCAUUAUCUUCCCCUGCCCAUGGACUUGUCUCCGUUGGUGAUCGUUUUCUUGCAUCUUCUCAGCUCCGAGACGCAUCAACUUCCUCUGGUUCUGUUUUCUUUUGGUCCUGGUCCAAGCCUCAAGUUGAAGUGAAGAGCUUUCCCGCUGAACCCAUUACGCCUCUUGCUGCUAAUCACAGUGGCACCUAUCUUGUUGCUGGAGGUUUGUCAGGUGAAAUAUACUUGUGGGAGGUUGAAACCGGAAAAUUGCUUAAGAAGUGGCAUGGUCAUAAUAUGGCUGUUACUUGCCUGGUAUUUUCUGAAGAUGACUCACUUCUAAUAUCUGGUUUUAAAAACGGAAGCGUACGAGUUUGGUCUCUCUUAAUGAUAUUUGAUGAUGUGAGAAGACGGGAAGCAAGCCAGAUUUACGAGUAUAGUUUUUCAGAUCACACUUUGUGUGUAAAUGAUGUUGUGAUUGGUUCUGGAGGGUGCAAUGCAAUUAUAGUUUCAGCAUCGGAUGAUCGGACGUGUAAGGUAUGGAGCUUAUCUAAUGGAAUGCUACAAAGAAAUAUAGUAUUCCCUUCAAAGAUUAAAGCUAUUGCAUUGGAUCCAGCUGAACAUGUCUUUUAUGCUGGCAGUGGAGACGGAAAAAUAUUUAUCGUUGCACUUAACACCACAAAAAUUGCUACCAAUAAUCACGUUUCAUAUAUCAUUGAUUCGUUUUCUAACCACAGCAAGACAGUUACUUGCUUGGCAUAUAGCGCCGGUGAUAACUUUUUAAUAUCGGGAUCUGAGGAUGGAAUAGUUCGAGUUUGGAAUGCAAGUACUCAUAACAUCAUCCGUGUCUUUAAACAUGCUAAAGGACCAAUAACUAAUAUCAUUGUUGUAAGACCCGAAAAUGAUUCAAGUAAUCAUAUGUCUUCAAAUUUACAAGCAGCCUCAAAAAAGAAGGGAGCUCAAUUUCCUCCUUUGGAAAAAUAUGCAAAUUCAAUAGACGGACAUUUACAUUCAGUUACGAAGACCAUCGUCAGUCUUGGCGAUAGCGAUAGAUGCAUGGAUGUUUCAUACCUUAGUUCUCAUGUGAUUUCUAAUUACAGUAAAGAACUUCAGAAUCAAGGUUCGACUGCUGCUUCUGAAAUGGAGAUAGAGAAACUAAAAUGCGAUUGCCAAAAGUCUGCGCAGAUGGUUAAUCAAUGGAAGAAAAUGUAUGAAAACUUGCAUCAAUUUUGUGUAAAAGAGCUGGUAGAUGAAAAUAAGAAUUAA